CGCUUCUUCACGCGGACUUCAACCCGGCCACCUCCUCACAAUGCGUCGAUUACACCUGCUUUUACGGCAGUCUCGGCUCUACUCAUGUCAAUCCCCUGUCUCCCGACAUCACCUCUUCCGUACUCCCAGAGCACGAUUGCUCUCCACAACCACGACGCGACUCUGCUCGUGCUCCGAGCCGCAGUCUAGCCCAACACAAACCUCAGAUCCAACUCAACAGUCGACCUCCUCCCAGGAUUAUCGCAGCCUCGGCCUCGAACAAGACCUAUUCACCACGUCCCCCUACAGUCCUGGAUCUCCUCUCUUCCUCCCCAAUGGCACCCAUGUCAUCAACAAACUCAUCACCUUCCUCCGCACCCAAUACCUGCAGUACGGAUUUCGCGAGGUUCUGACCCCGACCAUCUACAAACGAUCGCUAUGGGAGGUAUCCGGCCAUUGGCAAAACUACAAGGAUGACAUGUACGAGGUCCGCGGGAGAGGCGCCAUGGACGAAGGGGAGGGCGAAUUGGGCGAGGACGAGUCCUACGGCCUGAAGCCCAUGAACUGCCCCGGCCACUGUCUCCUGUUCAAAUCGCAGAACCACUCCUACCGGGAACUCCCCAUCCGCUACGCGGACUUCAGCCCGCUCCACCGCAACGAAGUCUCGGGCGCGUUGAGUGGACUGACGCGAGUGCGUCGCUUUCACCAGGACGACGGUCAUAUUUUCUGCCGGCCGCAGCAGAUCAAAGGCGAAAUCGCAUCGGCGCUCGGAUUCGUCGAUCUCGUGAUGACGACUUUUGGACUGGGGCCGUAUCGGUUGGUGCUGUCGACGCGCCCGGAGAAGGACUUUAUCGGGAGUCUCGACCUGUGGAACAGCGCUGAAGCGCAGUUGCGCGACGCGCUCAACGACACAGGACGGGAAUGGGCGUUGAACGAGGGGGAUGGGGCAUUCUACGGCCCGAAGAUCGAUAUCCAGCUUCAGGACCAUGCGGGUAAAUACCACCAGCUAUCGACCAUCCAGCUGGACAUGAACCUGCCUGAGCGGUUCGGACUCGAGUACCAGGUGGCCGAAGGCGAGGAGGACUACAACCCCGCGACACCAGGGCGGGCGCGGCCCGUGCUGGUCCAUCGGGCCAAUUUUGGCUCGAUCGAGCGCUUCCUGGCCCUGUUGAUCGAACAGUAUGCGGGUCGUUGGCCGUUUUGGAUGUCCCCCCGACAGGGGAUCGUCCUCACGGUCAACCAGGAUGAUGCCGUGGUCAAGAAAGCGCACGAGGCGGUGGCCCAGAUUUCCGGGUUCAAAGCGCUUCAGUCCGGCCUAAAAUCUAGCGCAGUCCCACAACCGCUCACCUCCGUCGACUCGACCUUCAUGAUUGACAUUGAUGACAGCGCCCAAACGCUCGGAAAGAAGAUCCAGCGCGCUAAGCAGAUGAACUAUAACCUCAUCUUCGUUAUGGGGCCGAAGGACAUCGCCGAAUCCCGCAUCUCGCUCGAUAUCAGCGGCCAACUCCGGGGAAAGCCGAAUGGGAGUGCCGAGAAAACUCGAGAGGUGAUCUCCAGCCACUUGGGUGGGGGGGCCCUGGAAAAACCUCGGGGGAUUCCACUGCGGGUGGACCGUGUCCACGAUCUCUUGGUCCAGUUAGAGAGACGUUUUGUAUGAUACCUAUUACUCAUGUAAUAUAUCCGGGGGUGUAAUAUACAGAUGUACGAUAUCCUGAACCAGAUUCUCAUGAUGAGUCAUUUCAGAUAUAUCCUCG